AUGGCCUUUUUGCAGAUUCACACCGGCCAUUUCGCCAUUGCUCUUCAAUGCAAGGACCUACGCGGACAACUCCGUGAGCUCUACAUCGUCGGAGUCAAGGUAAACUGGGAAGACCCAAACCCAGAACGAGCCGAGGAAAACCGAUUGGACGGCAAUGGAAGACAUUACAUUGUUCAAUACGGUCUCUACCAGUCGGAGCGCCACGAAAAAAUUCGGGCGAACACCAGGCACAUGAAGCUGGUGAAUCUGCUGCCCGGGCGAGAGUAUGAGGUGGCCGUCAAGGUAAUUGACGGGAAUGGCCGCGAAUCCCCCUGGAGCAUCCGCGACAUCAUUCUCACCCCAAAAGGUGCUCAAUUU